UCUUUUAGUCUCCUGACAGACUCUCAACAGGAAUCACGUUCGUCAGUUCGAUGUCGAGAAUCGCGACAGCAUAGCUAAACUGAGAAGCGUGCGUCAGACAAUCAGGACAUAGAUGCAUGCACCUCGAGUCAUCACGAGGUCCACCGAGGUCGCAGAACCAUGUCUCUAUCGGAUGGCAUCUACUCUCCGCUGAAUCGCGAAACGAAAUCAACCAGGCUUCUGCAAUUUCAGCACCAGCAGGAAGACGAAUCUUUGCAAUGCACGCUAGCAACCCAUUCGCUAAACGAUGCUCCGCCAUUCAUCGCUCUCUCAUACGUUUGGGGAGCACCUGAACCAACAUACGAUAUAACCAUAAACGAAGUCAUAUUCAAGGUGCGAGAGAAUCUUUGGCAUGCCCUUCAACGACUGGCACAUAUCGCCAAUAACGACGAAAACUGCAUCUCGCGACAGAAGAAGUCUGGCACAGUAUUACCGAAGUACUUCUGGGUCGAUGCUGUUUGCAUCAACCAAGAUGAUAACUCUGAGCGAGGUCACCAAGUCGGCCUGAUGAAGGACAUUUUUUCUACGGCCCACUUUGUAAUAUCGUGGAUCGGACAGGAAGAGGGCGAGAUCGCUGUCAUGUUUGAAUAUCUCCAAGGCCUCAAACACACUGCCCGUCGCGAGAGAAAUCACUAUCUACGCACGCAAAAACGCAAGUUCUCCUUCAAGGAUGCAAAGUGGUUCGUGUCACGACCGUACUGGUCCCGGAUCUGGAUCGUGCAAGAGUUCACUUUAGCCAGAGAGCUCUGGAUAUUAUGCGGACCUGCCGCCAUAUCAUGGACUUCCCUGCAGCAGUUUCGACCGUUUGGCAUAUCCGACCAGACAAAUCUGGGAUUCAAACAUCUCUCAAAAUCGGAAAGCCACUACAGCAUCGAGAGCCGCGUCAACAGCUGUAGAGAGCUGUCAAAACUCCGGCGUUCCUGGCAAACCGAUCCAAAACGACCCUCCUUCACAGACAAGGAACCCGGAUUCGGUGCGCGACCUCGACUGACUCGCCUCUUGGCCUUCUCCAAAGACUACCAGUGUACCGAUCCCCGAGACCGAGUGUACGGCCUGCUUGGACUCACGGAAGAGGACGGCGUCCAGGACCGAUUGCCAGCUGAUUACAACAUCACGCCAUUUCAACUUUAUCAUCGCGUGAUCCAUCACCUCAAAAGCCAGGGGCAGUCCUUUCUUCCUCACUUAUUUCGCGACAGGCUAGCUCAGGGACUUCAAAUAUGCGACCACGAAAGCCUUCCGACUUCCACGUUUCUUUACGAAAUAGUGGCCAGCCGAUGUGUGAAAAGACUUCUCACGACAGGUGCAAAUAUGUGGAGAGAACAGUUUCUAAAAGAGGUAACGGAGUUCUUGGACAUCGCGGAUGAAGAUGAUGAUUCAUAUCAAAUGUUUUCGAGAAUUAUCCGCGGAAUGGAAUAUUUUCCUUCUAACGAAGACCCAACCACUUGGGCAGAGUUUAUUGAAGCUUUGAAGAAAGCUUUGAGCAUUGAUUACAAGAAGUUGUUGGAGCUUCCAGUAGUUGACUCCGAUAGCAUCAAAUGACAAAAUUUGAGCAAUGAUUCGUGUGGCCUCAGUCUAGGCUGUAAACCAUGGAUUCAGAGACCAACGUUGACGACUCAGUCAAGUCCGUCGAGAAGACGUGAUGAAUUCCAGGAUAAUUUAAAGAAGAAGCCAAGAAAAAGCUGACAAUGAAUUAGAUUUCAACGGAUCUUGCUAGGAUAUUUCAAGUUGCUGAUCGGAUGUAUGCAUGCCAUCGCU